AGUUCCUGUUAAUAUUACAGAAUUCACGGUGAAUGAUCAUGGUGUCAGUAGCAUUCCAAUUUGUAAUUCUAAGUAUUUUCUGGAUAAGCGUUUCUAUCAGGGCACUAACUAUCCCAGUUGCCAUAACCAAAACAUGGGAUGGAUUAGAUAUAGAUCACCCUCCAGUUCGAUUAGUCCUGGCACAUGCAACCGAAGGACUGGAGAUUCGAGUCAACGCCCCCUUUUUUAAUGACCCUGGUAACCCUGGGGGACAGCCUGGACAACCAUUUGAUGGCCUGUGGGACUAUGAAGUGGUAGAAGCCUUCUUUUUAAAUGACCAGAACCAGUAUGUUGAAAUAGAAUUGUGCCCACAUGGUCAACAUCUGGUGUUGUUACUAAAGGGCUACCGAGACAGCUUUAAGAGUCAGCUUCCAUUGCAAUUUUCUUCAUCAAUAAAGAACGAAACGUGGACAGGAACUGCCUUGAUACCAGCUUCCUACUUUCCACCAAAGGUUACGAAGUUUAAUGCGUACGCAAUCCACGGAUCAGGAGCAGGAAGAACGUAUGAAGCCUUAUAUCCUGCUGUUGGCAAUUAUACUGAUCCCGAUUUUCACAGACUUGAAUGCUUCCAAAGAAUUGACUUCAGAAAGCUUGUUCCUCAAAACUGGGCCUAUAAUUACAGUUCAAAAGAAUGGAAUCCAGUCUUACAUGUAAUUGGUUAAAAAAGGGAUCGUGACAUCAAAUCUAAUAUUUCUAUUAACAUGUCGUGAGCAUGUGAUUAAUGCAGGAGGUCAACACAAUCUGGUUCCAGGUUAAAGUUGCUGAAAUGUUCUUCCAUAUUUAUAUUAUCAAUGACUUAAUAAUUCUCACUGAGUACAACUUCACUGAUAUACUUAGCAUUCCAUUUGAUAAAGAUCUAUUGUACACUCGAAA